AUGCAGUUCCCUAUUGACGCUCGCUUCCGUGCUGCACUUCCUGCUGAGUUCUGCGCCAAGAACCCCCCCCCCCAGUACUUCACUCUCUACUACAUUGUCACCCGCCUCCCUGACUCCCUUCGCGGAGUCAGGGACGACCUACUCGCAGUCUCCCCCACCACUCUCACUGUCGAGAUCCUCGAGAAGUCCCUCCUAGCAGCCGAGAAGAGCAUUCUCGCUGUAGGGGUCUCUCGUGGUGACCCUCGCAACCCCAUCUUUGAGGGGUGUUCCCCCUCCCCCCUCCUGCCCUCUGUCGCCUCUGCUGCUACGGCCGACCUUGUUGGUUUUGAGUCGGUCGGAGCGGCGUCUGCCCCCAGCGGGAGACGUCGCUCUGGCAAGAGCAAGGGGGGCAGGGGCGGUGGUGGAGGCGGCGGGGGCGGUGGAGGCGGAGGUAGAGGCAGCGGCAGAGGUGAGGGUGGUAGCGGGAGUAGUGGCGGGAGUGGAGGUGUCGGCGGAGGCAGUGGAGGCGAGGGCGGCAGCGGCGGUGGUAGUGGGGGUGGAGGCGGAGGCGGCGGUGGCGGCGGCGACGGUGGGAGUGGCGGUGGCGGUGGAGGUGGUGGCGGCGGCGGCGGAGGAGGCGGCGGAGGUCGUGGCGCGCCGAGGAGGAGUGGCUCCGGUGGUGGUCAGCGCCAGCAGCAGCAGCGUGGUCAGGAGACCCUCUCCCCGCAGCAGCUCCGUGAGUGGUACUCUGCGCGUCAGCGGGGUGGGGGUACUGGUCCGUGCACUUACGUCCUGCGCACUGGCGACCGUGCGGCUAUCUUUGAUCUUGACUUUGAUGCUAUUCUUGCUGCAAUGUAUGCUGUGACUAUUAGUGAGGAGGGUGACUGUUACUGGUGUUUCCCGCCCGACCCGGGCAUUGGUACUGCGACUCUAGGUGCUGUUGAGGCUGCUGCUCCAGGUGCUGGUGAGGCUGUUGCUCUAGGUGCCCGUGAGUCUGAGUCCUCAGGUGCUGGUGAGUCUGCUCUCUCAGGUACUGUGUUGACUUCACCCUCUCUCACUUUCACUCUUGACUCCGGGGCAUCUCGCUCCUUCUUUCGAGACCGCACCACACUCACGCCGCUUAGUCGGCCAGUGGCGGUCUCCUUGGCAGACCCCUCUGGGGGUCCUGUUCUGGCUCGCUACUCCACUGUCCUGCCGUGCCCUGCGGUCCCGUCUGGCGCCCUGUCCGGUCUCUACCUCCCCUUGUUCUCUACGAACUUGGUGGCGGGUGCUGACCUACAGGAUGCAGGGGUUGACCAGUAG